UCUGAAGGGGAGGUGUUUUAUUUUGAAGGCGCCACCCGGAAGCGGUGUGUCCGCCGCCGUCACCGGAGCUCCGCCGUCAUGUCGCUGCGCUUCACGGAUGAGGACUUCCACAGCGCCUGGAAGGAGCUGGACGAGCCGCAGCUGGACGGAGGCUGGGAGCUCUUCACCGAGUCUAUGGGAGUCCAGAUCUACCGGCUCCAUGACAAGAAAACUGGACUGUAUGAGUACAAAGUGUUUGGCGUGCUGGCCACUUGCGGCGCAGAGCUGUGCGCGGACGUCUACAUGGACCUGACGUAUCGCAAACACUGGGAUAGCUACGCUAAAGAACUGUAUGAGAAGGACUUUGACGGAGAGGCGGCGAUCUACUGGGAGGUGAAAUACCCAUUUCCCUUAUCCAACAGGGACUACGUCUACGUGAGGGAGCGCAGAGACCUGGACGUGGACGGCAGGAAGAUCUGGGUGAUCCUGGCCAGAAGCUCCCCACAAACGGCGUGCCCAGAGAAGAGCGGCGUGCUGCGGGUCAAAGACUACAAGCAGAGUGUGGCCUUGGAGAGUGACGGGGCCAGUGGAACCAGAGUUUUUAUGAACUACUUUGACAACCCUGGAGGGAUGAUACCGACGUGGCUCAUAAACUGGGCAGCUAAGACGGGAGUUCCUGGUUUCUUAACAGACAUGCAGAAGGCCUGCAGCAACUACAGCAGCUACCACCAGAAGAAGUGAGCUCGAAUCUGUUCAAGCAUGGGGUGAAUGUAUCAUGCUGUGGGCUGCUCUCCUUGUUGUUCAGUUUCUGAUUCCUGCAGGACUUCCAAUCAUUUCUUUUAUCAAAUGCUGCCGUCAAUCAUUCCGUUACUCUCCCUGCACAACCUUACCCACGUGAUGUUGUUUACAUGCUGUUUGAGCUGCAAUGAUUGAUUAUAGAUGUUAUCAUCCUGGAAUGUUUAGAGUUUAGAUUUCAUUUGUCUUGAAAAUAUUAUUCUAAAACCUUGAGAUGUUUUUGGAGACUCUUUCUUAUGCAAAUGCACAUGUAAAGAAAUGAUUUUCCUCAGACUGAUUACCUCCUAUUGUGGAUUCUUCUGGACUUUUAAUGCAAGUUAAUGCUGUAUGGAUGCAAAUAAAGUUGAUUUUAAAUUAAA